AUGUCCCCAGUCAGAGGCUACAUCACCUCUUAUGCCCCGCGACUGCGCCAAUACAGUAAUGCGUUGCUUGCACCCGUGAUCCCUCCCACGCAAGUCGGUCCGUCGCGAACCACGAAGCGCGGUACAACCGCAAUCAACUACGCCGAGGAUGGGUAUGAUGAUGAAGAUUUCGAUGAAAGUGAAGGCCCACGUCGUCCUACCGGCCUACGGAGCCUUCGGAGAGAAGACUCCAGCGUUGACAAAGUUCCGUUGUCAGAGAAGGUAGGGAAGGAGAUUUAUGCGCCAGUCGAAGUCCAAGGGAUUUUCAGGGAUUGGAUGAUAAGGCGACUUCUUCGCGCAGACUGUUCGGAUCAGUUGCAGGUACAAACGCAUUUACCUUUGACCCUCGUCCCUAUCAGAAUCGAUCUUGAAGUUCCAGCUCAUCAGCCGUCGGAGCCCUUUCCUCUUCCUCGGAGUGCUCCCGACCCAGCGUUGACCCCAGCUCUUCCGAGCUAUCGACGGCCAGAGCCUGUUCCAGGAUAUCGUAUCAAGGAUACAUUUUUGUGGAAUCUUCAUGAAGCCUUGGCGACUCCAGACGAGUUCGCAGCCUCCUUUGUUCGAGAUUUAGACUUGCCAGACGCCAAUAGGAUAGCCGUGGCUAUUUCCACCCAAAUUCGGCAGCAGCUCGAAGAAUACGCUGGUGUGGCAUUACAUCCGUUGUUCCAACAAAACCAACUCGCUCCACCCACCAGCUUCAUAGAUAUCAAUACCGGCGUCUCGCGAGAUGUUUCCUCUACCCCCGUUCCUCUCAAUGCUAUGACGCCGGACAGCCGAAACCACACGGUCACCGCGACCAAAGAGCCUCUUGUCAAUGACAGCUUGUUGAACCCUGACGACGCAUAUCGUUGUGUGGUAAGCUUGAACAUCAAUUUACAGAAUAAGCUCUACACCGACAAAUUCGAAUGGUCCCUCCUGCACCCUCCUGGUAUGGCGGAAGAGUUCGCCAAAGUCACCUGCGCAGACCUUGGUUUGGCAGGUGAAUGGGUGGGUGCAAUUUCCCAUGGCAUUUAUGAAGCUGUUCUCAAGCUCAAGAAAGAGGUGUGUGAAAGCGGCGGAAUGGUCAGCGGCCUUGGAGGUUAUGGAAACGAAAUUGAUAACCAAGCCGCCGACGGCGCCGAGGCUGGGUGGAGGUAUGACCCUGAAGGCUUGGGCGAUGAGUGGGAACCAAAGGUCGAGACCUUGUCCAAGGAAGAGAUCGAAAAACGCGAGGGAGACCGAGAACGCCAAAUCAGACGUCUUCGAAGAGAAACGGCUAGAUUCUCAUCCACGGCUGGCAUCACCCCCGAAGUUUCGAGAACAAACUACUUUGACGUUGACAGCGAGACACCACUUGGCAGAGGCGAAAGGAGUAAGCGAAAGCGACGCUUCCGCAGUCUCAGUCCAUUAGCCCGGUCUGGUACUCCCGGGGGCCGUGGCACUCCUGAUACAGGCUCUGGAGCAGGGUAUGGUGGGGGUGGUGUGAACGUGCUCAUUGGAGAUGUUUCAACUGUGGAAUUUUCGGCCAUGCAGUCUGGACAGUCCGAGAUGGUCCCACGGGUUCAAGGGUAA